AUGGAUAGCUGGGGAACACCAUCACACGGUGUGCCGCGGGUGGUCUACGACCGCAUGGAGCGGAACGAGCCGUCUGCGUGGGAGAAGACGCGAACGGCGCAGGUCGUGCCGCCCGCAGAGCGGGCCAUGGACGACGAUAGUCCGGCGGAGAUCGAAGGAGUCCUCGCCCAGCUCCUCCAAGGACAAGACGUAUUGGACAGGGGAGUCGAGAAUCCGAGGAGUGGAGCGGACGGGACUGACGAUGCUGAGCCCGAUGACAGAGCCAAAACGAUCAACGAGAUCACCUCUUCCGGCAUGUUUGCAUUGGACGGACCGCCGGAAGUGUCGGACGCAGAGAAGCUCCGCUUUGCGUGCAAUGCCGUGGGUGGCGAUGGGGCCGAGAACGACCGCAAGGGGCCGAGGGCAUGGAUAAGGUCGGCGGAGGCGGGUCAAGAAGGCACGGAUGUCCGCGAGCCAUACAUCCACGUUUGUCGCGGAGACGAAUUCGCCGACUCGCUCGACGCCUCGUUCUUCGCCAAGACCUUUCCCACCCUACUGCCGUUCGGAUUUGGAGGACCACGGCUCGCGGAGGAAGUCAUCUUAGGACCCGAGGGCCGGUCAAUUGGCGGCCUUCGGACCUGGGCCGGCAUUGUGCUGCGGCGCCAUGGUGGCCGAUUCGCGACGCAUACCAUCUUCUCGUUUCUCGUUUUCAAUAUGGAUGUGCGGUCGAAGAAUCGUCGGGUCAGCAUGCUCAGCGCGACGCGGAAGAACUUCGCCGAGGUGGAGCGCAUCGUACGGUCGCUGACAGCGGAUAGGUUAGCGGCCGCCAGGGCGGAGCUGGAGACGUCGGGCAAGACUACCGACGAUGGCGUCAAGGAGCUUCUAAGAUGCCUUUCGCUGUACGGCUAUCGGCAGCCCAUGUCGAGGGAGCUCCGUCUGAGCAUGCGGCGCAAGAUCCAGUCACUCAUCUUAUGUCGUGGCGUGCCUGCAAUCUGGUUCACGCUCAACCCGAACGACAUCACGAACCCGGUGAAGCUGAGACUGGCGGCAUACCGCACACGUGAUCCCGCAGCGGCCGAGGCAUUCCUGCAAGGCCUCGACAAGGCGUUCAAACGUGCGCGGCUGGCCAUCUCGGACCCGUUAAGCUCGGCCGAAUUCUUCCACCGAGAAAUGACGUUGUUCUUCGAACAUUACGUGAGAGUGGGCGAGGAGUCGGUGUUCGGGCGCAUCAGCCACUAUUACGGUGCCGUCGAGACCAACGAGCGUGGAGCGCUCCAUGUUCACGGACUGCUCUGGCUGCAGGGCAACGUGCAUCUAAGCUCGAUGCUUGCCGAUAUCGACGGCGAGGAUCAAGCGGCAUACCGAGAACGCAUCGUCAGAUACGUCGACAGUGUCUUUUCCGAGGAUCUGGACCAGGAAGGCUUCUGCGCAAUGCAGGCCGAGCGAUCGGUGACGUCAGAUAUAUCGCAAUUUCUGGGCGACGAACGGCAAUUUUCAGCCUCGUUCGACGAGGAAGCGAACUUCUGUGCCGGCGCGACGCAGAUCCAUACCCACAGCCCGACCUGCGUCAAGUACUCGCUGGGCAAAGGGGGGCGCAAGGGCGAUUUAUGUCGUUUCAAGGCGCCGUGGGGACUGGUCGACGAGACGGCCUUCACGGGAGACGGCGUGCUGCGGAUUCGGAGGUCGCACAGCAUGGUGAAUCGGUGGAACAAGGCCAUUGCCGUGGGCUUCGCCACAACCAUGACAUAUCUUUCAUCGUCACACAGCGUGGAGGACCCUGUAUGGAAGCGCGUCGCCGCCGCCGCGGAUCUCUUGCCUCCCAGGGCAGGUGACGGAAUGGCCGACGGCGCGGAGGUUCGUGGAGACAGUGGUGCCGGUGACGAUGGCAGGCAGAAUAAGACACGGCAGUUCCUGAUGAAGGUGGCGAAUCGCGUGUUUACGGAGAGGCCGUUAUCUGCUUGGGCGUUCCUGAACGUAUCGUUGCUCUACUGGCAAGUCUUCCGACAAUGGCCGCACCUUCGACGAGAAAGCGGCGCAGCCGUUGCAGAUGGCUCUGUGGACGAGUCAAUACUCGUCGAAGAAGCAGGCCAGAGGAUUUGCCGUGUCGAGGCAUACCGUCAUCGGGGAGACGUCCUUCGAGGGCUGUGUCUCUACGACUACGUUUCGCUGGUCAGGCUGAAGCGCAACGAAAGGGACGAGGGGCCCGCCGGCUGGGGGGAGGUCCCGUUCGAGAGCGGCUGGGCUCCGGGAGGCCGUUGGGCGCAGGUGCUCAGGCGACCGGGCAAGCAGGCCACGGUCUGCCUCGACGGGUAUUUGAGCAAGGAUUUCGACGAAGACGACGAAGGUCGUGCUACCGAAGAGCGGCUGUGCAGCAUCUUGCGCUCCCUGGCCCCGAGGAUAUCAUGUUUCGUCGAUAACGUGCAGUUGCUGCGACGGUCGGCCGAAGAUGCAAAGCGGGACGCACGGCAGUGGGCGGCCUCGUCCGGUGACGGCGACCCCACGGCAGUACGUCCGGACGAGGACGGCACCGGGGAGGUGGGUGUCGAGCCCGGAUCGGGAUACCAGGCCGACAGUGCGGGAAGCACGAAUCGCCUAAUCGACGUUGUCAGAAGCUCGAUCGGGCCGAACCAAAUCACGGCCGGCUCGCCGGAGCUCACGGCGAUGAUGCAGGAGCUCAGCCGAUUUCAGCAAUCGGCGCUGUCCUCUUCUUCCGAGGUCCAGGCCACAAUACUACCCGAACGGGGCCCAAGACGAAUCAACAUCCCGGGCGGGCAUUCUCCGGAGCCACCAUACCGCCGCAAAGGAGAGGAGAAGAUGAUACGGGGCAUACAAAGCCUGUCCACGGCACCGGUGACUGGUCGCCGCGCGGCGGUGCGGGGCGUGCUCACGGGUUUCGGGGAUGACGACGUCCAGAUGACGGCAGCGGAGCUCGAGGAAGGAGUAGCGGGGGCCAGCGCGGGAAUGGAGAUCCGGUUCGGUGCCUCAACCUCCUUCCUCGAGGCGGGCAAGGCCCUGGCAGCGCGGCUCACGCUAAACAAGAAGCAGGCGAUCGCCUUCCUAAUUAUAUGCCGCCAGCUUGACCUGAUACGGCGCGGGAGAAAAGCAACGUACGCCAGCUGUGCCACGCGGAUCAACGGCAUUACGAUCCACUCCGCCUGCGGGUUCUCGAAAGAUCUCGCGGCAGCCGCAAACGCGGCCAAGGAUCUCGACGGGGUGCGACUGCCGAAACAGGCGGAGCGGUUCGUCGACGGGCAAUCCCGGAUGGACUGGCAGGAGAAGGACGUGCUCGUCAUCGACGAGGUGAGCAUGCUCGGGGCGCGGACGCUACACGCGGUGAACGAGCAGCUCUGCCGGCUGCGCGGGUCGCACCAGGAUUUUGGAGACAGCUCCUUCAAGGCCGAGACACGGCACCAGCACGACAAGGCGCACGCGUUGUGGAAGAGAUUCACGACCACGGUCAUGCUGGACGAGCAGGUGCGCGCCGCGGGAGAUCCGGAAUUGCAGAGGCUGCUAAGGCGGAUUCGACUGGGCGUGCAGGACCGCUCGGAUCUGGACCUCCUCAACUCAAGAUGCUACCGGGAAGGCAGGCGGAUCCCGUGGGAGACGUGCAUCACCGUGGUGACGCCGCUGAACAGGAACCGGUGGAACCUCAACAUGGAGGCCAGCUUGGCGUUCCGGGCCCAGCAGCGGUCAGUGAUGCGCAUCUUCAUCUCGGAUCAUACGUGGAAGGAGGCCCUGCCGACGGAGGAAGAGGCCAUCAUGAUGCUGAACCAGGGCGACGACAGCGCGAUCCCGGUGCCGGCCGUCUUCAUGUUCGUGCCGGGGAUGCCGGUCGUCGUGAACCAUAACACCCAUCAGGGGCUAAAGCUGGUGAACGGCGCCGGCUACACGGCGCUGGAGGUCGUCCUCGACAAGUCGUACCCGGGCAUCGUAUCACGGCAGACACGACGGUCCAUUUCGGGCCGCCGGCGGAUAAUGCUGGAGUCGGAGACGACGAACGACGUUCACUUCUGCCAGCGAAAGAGGCCGUGGCAGCAGAACGACGUCAGCCGAAAGGGCCUGCCCUGUACGGCAGCCUUCGCGUGCACAGACUAUAAAGUGCAGGGCAGGACGCUCGAGCGUGUAGCUCUGGAGCUGCGGGGAACGCGGACGUCAAACAUCGACGGACGCGCCGUGUCCUCGCAGUGCGACCCGUACAGCCUGUACGUGCAGCUGUCUCGCUGCCCGACGCUGGACGGCAUUAUGCUGGUCUCGAAAUUGCGGGAGAGGGACCUGGUGGGCAACAAGGUGCCAGACGAGAUGACAGACGCAGAAGCGAGGCUGGGCCAGCUGAGCGACAAGACUGUCCGCGAGGCCUCGGGAUGGCUAGACGUUGAUUCCCUGGACUCUAAAGGCACGGGCCUGGACGUGUAG